GCUUCCUGCGUCCUGACUGUCGCGCGACAGCGGAGGAAUCCUGGGGUCAGCAAAUAAGCUGAUCACCCUACCCUGUCAGCCCCCGGAUGACCGUCAUCAGCAUCAACUGCUCUCAACUUCGGUAUCACAAUCAAGGUUACGAGAUACCAUCCAUCCCGCUCGCUUCCAUUGGCCUCACCAUUGGCGGACAAGAAGUACCGCCCAGACCUGAGCCUCCGAUGCAUCAGGACAGUCGAGGGGUCACUGAAGCAAGUGGCUUGAGAGCUGUCUGUUGUGGAGGAUAUAGUGCACUGGUGGUAUGUACUGUCAGUACUGUCAGUACUGUACAUUGACCAUUCAUCCUAGUGCAUGUAUGGAUCAGCCCUCCAUCACCGUCCGCCUCUCCACCAGCAUUGACAAUGUGGUCCGGCUGGUCUAGCGAGAAGAAAAAAAAUUCCCCGACACUCAAUGGGACAACAGGGCUCGAUGAACUUGUAUUUAUGCCUACGGACCUCCGGGCAGCUACGGUAGGGAGAUAGCUACGUAUCAUG